UGGCGCACCCCCCAUCGACUUCUACAUUCUCUCAUACUUACCUUCUCGCAGCACCUGCAAGCCGAAAAUGCCCCAAAAUGUACGAAUCGACCUUCCACGCUAUCACUGAGCGACGCGCCUUACAAUAAUUACUUCUACUCCGAUUGCAACGUUGCUGCCCAGGCAGUAGUCACAACUCCGCAAGCUGACAGCGACCUUUCGAUCAUCAGUCCACGACUGAUCGUAGCCUGGCCAGCCGGUAAUAGUGGCGCGUGUAUAUUCUUCAAGCCGCAAAAUGGCGCAAAUGGUACAUUGUCUAUUGAACUUGUCAAUUCAACCAUCGGCACCCCUCUAGGACCUGUCUACUCCGCAGGAACAAAGUCGAACAACAACCCUAGCGUUGGAGUACAAGGUGUCAUACGCUUCAAUGCCUCUGCCGCUCUUGCGGUUCCAAUCCUGGGCAGCAUUCGUACGAUCCGUGAUUUCGUUGAGGGACCCAGCAUCCUGUAUCCGGAGAUUCAAGAUGCGAUCAAGUACAGCUCUGAUGGCAAUGGGGGUGUCUCAUUGCAGCGGCUUUGGCUGGAUAAUGUCACAACAACUAACAUAAGAUUUCAACCUUUCCACAAUGCAUCCUUGGGAAGCAACAACGUGGGUGGCCGAAUCGAACUUUCCGAUCAAACGGUUUCCUUUGAUGCAGGGGAGUAUCUCUUCUCGGCAGAUAUAAACUACCCACAGCUGACAGCUUUGGAACAUACAUCCGUUUUCAAUGAGGCAUCGAGGAACCUGACUGUAGAGAGCCCUGGUCAGGCUACUGCUCUGUCAUUUUUGUCCUACUCAGAGAAACUUCUUGCUGGCGCAUGGAGGUUCCUGACAUAUUUUGGCAGGGACUCUAUGAUUUCGGCUUUGUUGUUGGAACCCGUCCUUAGUGACGGCAAGGGUAGUGCAAUGGAAGCAGUCAUUGGGGCUGUGUUGGAGCGGGUGAACCGGACUGAUGGAACUGUCUGCCACGAGGAGACAAUCGGGGACUAUGCGACUUGGUCAAAUGCGCAAGAGAAUAUCACCAGCAACGCCAUGGGCUGUGAUUACAAGAUGAUUGAUUCCGAUUACUUCCUUCCGAUCUUGAUGGAGCGGUAUUUCUUGAGGAAUCCGAUGGGGCAGAAUAGAACCGCAUCCUUUUUCAACACCUCUGCAGGAACUAUCAAUGCUGCAAAUGCAAACCUUACUUGGGGUAGCCUGGCAUUGACCAAUGCAGAGAGAAUCAUGCGACUAGCUCGUCCAUUCGCGGAGAAACCAACUACAGAAAACCUCAUCCAUCUGCGGGAAGGGCAAGUAGUCGGUCAAUGGAGAGACAGCACCUACGGUAUCGGCGGCGGUCGCAUCCCCUACGACGUCAAUACAGCCCUCGUCCCAGCCGCCUUACGCGCAAUUGCUGCUCUCGCCCGCUCUGGCAUGUAUCCUAAGCACCGCCAAUGGGCCACGCUAGCCGACCAAUACGCCAAAGCAUGGGAAGACUCAACGCUCGACCUCUUCUCAGUCAGAAUCCCAAAGAGCCAAGCCCAAGACCUUGUCAAGAACUACGCCAAUACCUCCUUCCCGGGUCCAGAUCAGGCCUCCAGCAUCGAUAGUGACGUCCACUUCCACGCACUAGCCCUGCAAGGGAAUGACAACCUAUCCAAGGUCGAAGUAAUGAACACAGAUGACAGUUUCCGCCACUUUUUGCUCAAUACCACACACGACACGCAACUGACUUCGUUCCUGAACCAAUCCGCGAACAAUAUCAUGCGCAGAUUCCCAGCCGGUCUGAUGACAGAUGCUGGAAUGGUCGUUGCGAAUCCCGCGUUCGGGGAUGAUCCCGUUUAUGCGCGGAAUUGGACUACGGGCGCUUAUCAUGGCACUGUUAUUUGGUCUUGGCAGCUUGCUAUGAUGGCCAAGGGGCUGGAGAUGCAGUUGGGGAGAUGUGAAGUUACUUCGAACUUCUCCGUCUCAUCGAAGACGGAUAAACCUCUGAGACCUGUGCCAUUGCCCGUGCCGGCUUUUUGUACCGAGGAUUCGGUCUAUGGAAAUGUUAAGAAGGCAUAUAAUGCCCUUUGGGAUUCUAUUGAGGCUAAUUCUGAUCAACUCUCUGGUGAGGUGUGGUCGUGGGUUUAUCGUGGUGGGAAAUUUGAGGUCACGCCUUUGGGGGUGUUGCCGGCGCCGCCGGGGAUUGGUGGUCAGACUGGUUAG